GUUUUUGUCGAAGCUUCAACUCUUUCUUUCUCUCUUUAAUAUUUACAUACCUACACCACCUGCAGUCUGUGCCUCUCAACUGCCUUUUCAGGUUGCUUUCAGAUGGAGAUCAAUUUAUAGUCUACUCUGAAAAUUUUGAAUGUUUUUCUCUUGCCAUUAUUGGGCUAAUUCGACUGAUUUACUGACGAUUGUUGGACUAUUCCCCGAGACUCACAAUUAACGACGUGGUCUAUACCGCUUUGUUAGGUCCGGGCCUUGAACGUUGAGCACAACAGUAACGGCCACGAUAACGACACCGAAAAUUUACAUAAUACCCUCCGUCGUAUACGAAUAAACAUCUCAGCAACCAUGUCUCGAAAAUACAACUACAACACCGUCGGUCGGUCCAAUGCCGAGCCUUCGGCAGCAAUCCCUAAUGACUUUUGCCCAGUAUGCAAGCGCGUGCGAUACUUGAACGCCGACAUGGAGUUUCUCAUCAAUCCCGAGUGCUACCACCCCAUGUGUGCGAACUGCGUCAGCAACAUCUUUAGCAAAGGUCCUGCCCAAUGCCCUUACGUUCAAUGCAACAAGACCCUCCGUCAACGCGGAUUCCGCUCUGCAUUCUUCGGCGAUCUUACAGUCGAGCGCGAAGUCGAUGUGCGCCGCCGCGUCCAGGCCGUCUUCAACAUGACCCAAGAUGACUUCACCGACCUCCGCGCCUACAACGAUUACCUGCAGCAGGUUGAAGACCUCACAUUCGACCUCGUGCAGGGCAACGAGAACGACCGCAAGACCGCCGAGCAGCAACUGCUGAGCUACGAGCAGAAACACCGCGAAGAGAUCGAGAAGAACAAAAGACGUGGUCGGGAAGCCGAAUCCCAACGAAAACAGCGCGACGCCGCCGAAGCUGCAGCAGCACGACAACGCAGACUGGAGGAGCAGCGGGAAGAGGAGCGCGCCCGCGCCGAGGAAGCCACCAUCAACACCGAAGUCAUGGAGGCGCUCGCACGAGGCGAAUCCGGAUCCGCAGCCGAAAUCCAAAAACGCAUCGUAGCCCGCAAACGCGCGCGCGUCGCCGAGAUCUCCGGCUCCCACUUCUCCACUCUCCUCAACACCGCCACAUCCUCUUCCUCCACCGCCCUCAACAACACCAACACCCCCUCUACCAACCUCCUCUCCAUCCGCGGUCUCAGGGACAAGAAUAUCCUGGACGACGCCGAGGAGUACGCCCGCCGGCCCUACGACCCCUUCGCCGGCUUGGACCUCGAGCCCACCCGGUACACCCUCCACGGCCAGGGCGAUCCCGAGACGUACCCGAACCCCUGGCUCGACGACGCGCGCAAGCGCGACGACCACCGCGUCCCCGGCUACAGCACCCGCGAGUACGUCGCCCGCGCCCUGUUCGAGGCCUUUGCGGGCUUGGGUGUUGUUGUGGGGGAUGAGAAGGCCGAUGCGCAGAGAGGGGUGGGGACUGUGGCGGCGGCGGAGAUGGCUGGGGCUGGUGCUGCGACAGCUGGCGGCUUAAGUGUUAAGAUGGAGGUUGAUGAUGUGUUCGGUUGAGAGGGAAAACGAAACCCCUCUCCACGUCCCUAUUCUUAUUUACUGAAAAGGGGGAUGCAAGCUGGGGUAUAAUGAUACGUAAUACGCAGGGCAAGACAGCACAUGACAGCAUAGAAAGGCACAGCACACAACGGCAUGGCAGGGCGUCGUACCUGCCUACGAAUUUUAUUUGCAUCGCGACGGCGUUUAGAGAAAGGAAAGGGGUUGGGGAGGUCUAAUGUUGAUAUGAUAUACAUACCAUGAUACAUACACACUACCAUUGUAGAAACGCGAUGUACUACCUACCUACCUACCAUGUGCCUACCCAAGUUCACUGUCAUUAGGUAUUGUACCAGGUCCCAGACUUCAAUGCUGCAUUUAUUCCAAAAAGAGU